CUUUGGGCAUUUGGCUCGCAGGCGAGCUUUGGAAACGGCGAUGCCACCUUGGUACGAUGUCUGCGUUUAAAAGGCGAGUUUCAAUACUGCACAACUAUUGAUUGUGGAAAACUCAUCCUGAAACCAUGCCAUUUAUUCUCGAACCCUGCAUGAUAUGUCUUUGCGAAGUUCGUGAGCCCGUGGCACUGAGUUGCGGUCAUAUAUUUGAUCACGGGUGCAUCCAAAAAUACUUGGCUUCGAAGAUGCCUCCAUGCCCUCAAUGUCGGCGUCCGAUUUCUAGAACAACGCGAUUGUUCAUGAGGUUGUCUGCUAUUCCGUACUUAUCGACUCCAUUCAUCCCGAGGUUGUUGCGGUUCCGCGACGUAAAUGCUUUUGCCGAGGAAAAUUUGAAGCUGAAGGAGCGAACUUGGAUGCUUGAGAAGGAGAAUGAGAGGCUUCGGACAGCAAUCGGCCUACGUGAGGACACUCAUGAGUCUGUUGCUGAAGAGCCAGAAGCCAGACCUUCCAUUUUUGCACGAUGGUUGAUGGAUCUCGGAGCUCUUGCUUUGCAGAGGUGCCCUCCGCGGAUUCUUGGUGCUGCGACUUUCGUUGCAUUACUUAUUUUGCGUCGCCACGAGAGACCGGUGAUAACGUUGAUCCGGUUCGUACAACGGUGGGUACCAUCGACGUAGAAGAUUUCUCGAAUGUCUACUCCAACUUUACAUUUCCGAACUACAUUGGAUAGUUCAUGGUUCAUCUGUAUACUUCAAUGUCGAACUUCGAGUCGAACAGGCUCAGGAGCGAUCGGCUAACAGAAAUUCAUAAGAAAGCAGUUAGACAGUAGUCAGGUGUGCUUGUGAAUCCGUCACUGGAAGACCGGUAUUACGAAGGGAUGCACAAAGUAACAUCCAGAGCAGUUUGGAUCAUGAAGAGGGGGUAGCAGUUGCAUAAGCUAGAGUAU